AUGUCAGUCAUCAAACAUAUCGAAUUGCUUUUCGACCGCCCCAACGAAACCCUCAUUACACCAAAGGGGGAUAACGAUGACCUCUUCCAACUCACUGAAAAAUAUUUGCCCAAGGAAUACGCAAACAACGGUAUCGAACUGAACAACCGUUUUGGUAACGAUGCCGGCAGCACAAUACCGCUUACGGAACUAGCUCAACUUCCCCAAUUCACUAAGGCUUCUCAACUUCCCACUGACGCCGAUUUCUCUCUUUUCUUGCCAAAGCAUCAGGAGAUGGCCACUGAAGUUAUUGAUGCAUUAUUACGUGUACCAGAAAAUCAAUUGCAAGAAUUUCUUUCAACUUGUGUCUAUGCAAGAGUCAACCUGAAUCCUCAACUUUUCAAUUACUGCUUCUCCGUUGCCUUAAUGCACAGAAAUGACACAAGGAAUGUUCGAAUUCAAAAUUUUGCAGAAACCUUCCCAUCAAAAUUCAUGAACUCGAAAGUAUUUGCACAGGCUAGAGAGGUAGCAGCUGUAGUACCAAAAACUCUUCCCCGCACGCCUAUUAUCAUACCUAGAGACUAUACAGCAACCGACUUAGACGUUGAACAUCGUUUAGCGUAUUUCCGUGAAGAUAUAGGUGUAAAUUUACAUCACUGGCAUUGGCAUCUCGUGUACCCAUUCACAGCUAGUGACAGAAGAAUCGUCGAUAAAGAUCGUCGUGGUGAACUAUUCUUUUACAUGCAUCAACAAAUAAUCGCUCGAUACAACGGCGAACGUCUAAACAAUUCUUUGCCUAGAACAAAGAAAUUCAGUAACUGGAGGGAACCUAUUCCUGAAGCCUAUUUCCCUAAGUUAGAUAGUCUUACGUCCUCACGAGGAUGGCCACCACGACAGGCAAACAUGCGCUGGCAGGACUUGAAUCGGCCUGUAGAUGGCCUUAAUAUCACCAUCGCUGAUAUGGAACGCUGGAGAAGAAAUUUGGAGGAGGCAAUCGCUACAGGGAUGGUACGAUUGCCUAAUGGAUCAACGCAGCCUCUUGAUAUAAAUACAUUAGGCAACAUGGUGGAAUCCAGCAUCUUGUCACCGAACAUGGAAUUGUACGGCAGCGUUCACAACAACGGUCACAGCUUCUCGGCGUACAUGCAUGAUCCUACUCAUCGUUAUCUUGAAUCAUUCGGCGUUAUCGCUGAUGAAGCCACUACAAUGCGUGAUCCCUUCUUCUACCGUUGGCAUGCGUUUAUAGAUGAUCUCUUCCAAAGGCACAAAGAAUCUACAUAUGUCCGUCGAUACACACGGUCUGAGUUGGAAAACCCUGGCGUUCAAAUUACAUCGGCAACGAUAGAAAGCGAUAGCGGGAUGGCGAAUACGCUUAACACAUACUGGAUGAUGAGUGACGUGGACCUGUCUCGCGGUCUUGACUUCUCAGAUCGUGGUCCAGUUUAUGCGCGCUUCACGCACCUUAACCACAGACCGUUCCGUUACACUAUAAACGUGAACAACACUGGUAGUGCGCGCCGCGCCACAUGUCGUAUCUUCAUCGCACCUAAGUUCGAUGAACGCAACCUUGCAUGGGCUCUUUCCGACCAGCGCAAGAUGUUCGUUGAGAUGGACAGAUUUGUCGUGCCAUUGAACGCCGGUCAGAACACGAUCACAAGAGACUCGAGCCAGUCAUCGGUGACCAUCCCAUUCGAACAGACGUUCCGCGACCUGAGUGUAGUUGGCAGCGACCCCCGUCGUGACAACUUGACCUCCUUCAACUACUGUGGUUGCGGCUGGCCGCAGCACAUGCUAGUCCCGCGUGGAACCGAAGCAGGCGCCGCUUAUCAGCUCUUCGUCAUGCUCUCCAACUACGAACUUGACAAGGUUGAGCAAGCUGAUGGAACAGAAAUGACAUGCAAGGAGGCAUCGAGCUUCUGCGGUUUGAGGGACAAGUUGUACCCUGACCGCCGCGCCAUGGGCUUCCCCUUCGACCGUCCUUCAAGUUCCGCCAGCAGCAUCGAAGAUUUCAUACUUCCCAAUAUGGCGCUGGUUGACAUCACUAUUCGUCUCCAAAAUGUUACUGAACCCAACCCAAGGAACCCGAGCAACUAA